CUAAUGAUGCGAUUCCUAACACAGAAAACGCUCAAAAAGGAGACACUUAUCGGCGGAAAAAGAGGAAAAUUCACGGCUAUAAAGAAGAUCCGUUUAUAUUCUUGAAUAAUACGGACACCGAUUGGAUCAAAAUCAAAGAAUAUUAUGGGAUCAACGACUCGUUCCCAUGUGAGCAGUUAGUUCACAGGUGUGUCGCCGGCAAAAAGCGUAACAUAUAUUUCCUGACCGAAGCGGCCAAAGAGGUUGUCGUCAAUAAUCAAAAUGAUAUAAAGUUGAUUAACGGAGGCGUACGGCUGUUCUCGCGAAGUGACGAUAAAGUGAAUCCGUGCGGCUUUCGGCUAACACAGGAGGGACUGCCCUCUCUGUUCCCAUAUCUCAAUAAAGACAAUA